GUGUUUGUACGCAACCAAACGCAGCUUAAUUGGUCUUCCACGAAGCCCACCACGAAUUCGGCAAACGGAGCUUUGUUUUCCUCCAAAAUCAUGGGUUCCAAGGAAACAACAUCAAUACCCACUCCUCAAUCCAUCAAAAAUAUUUCGAGUUCCAUAUAAUCCCCAGACGAAUUCGGGAAACAGAGCCUUGUUUCCGCCAAAAUUAUGGAUUCCAUGGAAACAACGUCAACAUCCACUCCUCAACCUACCGAACCAGCGCCACCUGCAUCAGUUCCUCCUCCGUCAUCUUCAAUACCUUCAACCCCUGAAAUCUCAUCCGCUCCUUCUCCUAGUUCUAACCCUAAUCCUAGCCCUGUCCAAAACUCACAACCAUCAACCCCUCUCCCGCAACACCCACCACCACAGCAGCAACCAGUUUUGCAACAGCAACAACAGCAGCAGCAGCAACAACAACAACUAUCCACUCUCCAACAUUCUCAGCCUAGGCCCUCAUCCCUCAGCCGUCCUCGACCACAACCGCCUUACCCACAUUUCUCUCAACAUCUUCCGUCUCUUCCUCCUUCUUCGUCUUCUUCGUCUUCGUCUUCGUCAUCUCUAUCUUCUUCUGUUUCAUCCCCCAUUUCCGCACCACCUAUGCAAAGAGGUGGGCUUGCAAUCGGGGUUCCAGCGCACCACGCGAGGCCCCCGCAGCAACCUACCUCAUAUUCGUCUUUCGGGACGUCUUCUUUCAACCAGCAAUUUGGUGGGUUGUCUCGGAAUUCAGUCAAUGUGCCUGACCCUAACAAUUCGAGCAGCACUCAGGUAAGGCAGCCCAUUCAAGGAAUUCAGAGUAUAGGGAUGAUAGGUUCGCAUGGUUCAGGUUCUCAAUUGCGGCCGGGUGGGGUUUCAGCUAAUCCUCAACCGAGACCUGUUCAGCCACCACUGAAAUCUCAACCUCCAUCAAGUAGCCAGUCUCUAGCUAGUCAAAAGUUUCAAUCCCAUAGUCUACUAAGAGUCCCAUCAAUGGGUUCUCCUGGCUCCCAAUCACCUGGGACACCACAAAAUUUGCAAACCCAUACACAACCAUGGAUGUCAGGUGGUUCGCAAGGGAAACAAAUGCAUCCACCAUCCUUACCAUCCUCUUCAUAUAGGCCACAGAUGAAGCCACAGUCUUUGCAGCAAAGAUCACAUAUUCCUCAGCAACAUCAUCCCUUGCCAACAGCUUCCCAUCAGCAGCAGAUCCCAUCUCCUCAGCAACAGCAACAGCCAUCACAGCCACAUCAAUCACAAGAUCAUUAUGGACAGCAAUAUCCAGCACCAAGGGUUGCACAGUCUGCGCUUCAUCAACAGCAGGUUACACGGGGUCAGGGCUCAGGAAGCCAAAAAUCUCCCUCUCUUGCAAUAAUGCCUACCACAGUCCAGUCAGGCUCACACAAUACAACAUCUAAUGCAGAUGCUGGUGAAAUCUGUAGUAAAAUUCUCAGCAAGAGAACUAUCCAUGAGUUAGUCACACAGAUCGACCCCUCUGAGAGGCUGGAUCCUGAAGUUGAAGAAAUUCUAGUAGAGAUUGCUGAUGAUUUCGUUGAUACUAUAGCAACAUGUGCUUGCUCAUUGGCCAAGCACCGGAAAUCAACCACAUUGGAAGCUAAGGACAUAAUUCUUCAUCUAGAAAAAAAUUGGAAUUUGACCCUUCCUGGGUUUGGUGGGGAUGAGAUCAAGAUCUACAAGAAACAGUAUACAAAUGAUAUUCACAGGGAGCGUCUUGCAGUGAUCAAGAAAUCCGUUGUAGGAUCUGAGGUGGCAAAUAUGAAGACCCCUGCUGGACAAGCUGCUGGAAAUGUGAAAGGUCAUACAGCCAAGGCACCUGCAAUUGGCUCCCCGAAGACAAGUGAAGUGUUGUGAAUCUACCAAGUCUUUUGUUGGAGGUUCUGCAUGCAAGGUGUUUUUUUGACUGAAGAUAUUGCAAGGAUUGAUCUGUUAAUGUUACUCUUUUGUGCAGUUAAACUUGUAUGGCAAGAUGAAAGGGGGUUUAAAUUUCUGUCACCAAACUGGAUGUUCAUGAAAUUUUGGUAGAAAAUAUGAAAGAAGAAAAAAUGCACAAGUAAAUUUUGUA